UUGGGACAUCGAUGGCAACGAAACGAUCGCUCCUCACAAAUUUGUGCAAGAAUUUCUUGGACCAGAUUCAUCGACGUCUCCACCAUCGUCGUCUCGCCUUCCACUUUUGAUGGAGAAGCCGCCGCCUCCCCCACUCUUCUUCUUCUUCUUCAAGAGAUCGGAAACUUCUCCCUGCAUCUUAACCUUGUUCCUCCUCCUUCUCUUCUCCUUCUUCCUCCUCCUCCUCCACUGGCUCACUCCCUUCCAGCCUCUUCUUUUCCUCCGCGUCGCCGGCGGGAGUGCUUAUGGCGAACGACCGCCCUCCGGCGCAGCCUGCGACUAUAGCUCCGGCCGGUGGGUCUGGGACGGGACCCGCCGGGCCGAGUGUUAUUCCGAGGACUGCCCCUUCCUCGACCCCGGCUUCCGGUGCCGGAAUAAUGGCCGCCCUGAUUCCGGCUAUCUUUACUGGCGGUGGCAGCCCCAUGGCUGCGAUCUCCCCAAAUUUAACGCGUCGGAGUUGCUGGAGAGGAGCAGGAACGGGAAGAUAAUCUUCGUCGGCGAUUCGAUCGGGCGAAACCAAUGGGAGUCGCUCGUGUGCCUGCUGGCCAAAGCGGCGGUCAACCAAUCGAGCAUCUACGAGAAGUACGGCAGCCCCAUAACGAAGCACAAGGGCUUCCUCUCCAUCGUCUUCCGCGACCACAACCUCACGGUGGAGUACUACCGCGCCCCGUUCCUCGCCGCCGUCGGCCGGCCGCCUCCGGCCUCCCCGAGCCAGGUCCGGAGCGCCAUCCACCUCGACGCGCUCAACUGGCAGUCCAAGCGCUGGGUGGACGCCGACGUGCUGGUCCUCAACGCCGGCCAUUGGUGGAACCAAAAGAAGACCACCGGAUCGGGAAUGUAUUUUCAGGUCGGCGGAGGCAUAAACAUGACCAUGGAUGCCCAGGAAGCAUUUCGCCGGACGAUCGAUACCCUGAAGCUAUGGACUUUAAACAAACUGCAAAGGGGUUCUGUUUUCUUCAGGAGUCACUCUCCGAUUCAUUUCAGGCGAGUCAUCCUUCUUCCAAAUUCGUCCACGCAUAAACGAGAUCGGGAAGAUGAAUGAUUCAAUAACACGAAAGUAUAUGCAGCAACGGGACGUGGGAUGAGGGAGGGACAUGCUCGACCUACACGGAGCCGGAAAGGAGUUCCUCUGCGUCCGGGCCGGAGCCAUGGAACAACUGGAUCAUCGGCGAGGCGGUGGAGUGGAUGAAGAGUGGCGGGAAGAAGGCGCGGGUUCUGAACAUUACGCACCUCACGGAGCUCAGAAGGGACGGCCACCCGUCGAAGCACCGGGAACCGGGGACGCCGGCGAACUCUCCCGAGGACUGCAGCCACUGGUGCCUGCCGGGAGUUCCGGACACGUGGAAUCAUCUGCUCUAUGCUCAUCUUCUUUCCAUGAAUUACGAUACCAGGAAA